UGCGGCGGAGCUGAGAGCCAGAGGGACUCAGCCGAACAUGAGUGACUGCUGGAUGUUUAGUACAAACAUAUCAAAGUACUUAUAAAAGGGCACAACAGCAAUGACCUGCAUUUAUCCACGGAAUCAGUCUCAGCCGUAUGAGAACAGCCUUCAGAGUGCAGAGUCCUUCUCAAGGCUGGCUGUGGAUAUGAGCGGCUCUCAGGACCCCGUCUCUGCUCCGUCCUUGCCGAGCAUCGGCUCCUUGGCGGGCUCUCACGCCAGUGGCAUCGAUGCAUAUACAUGCCAGUUCACUGCCUCUCCUGCUCGUGUCACUCCUUCUUCAGGCCAGGAAUCUCCUUUCAAGUUAGAUGACCUACAGGUUUACAGUUGCUACCCUGGAACUUUCACGCUGAAUUACCCAGAUGAGGCUUUGUCCCCAAGCAGCUCAGAUUAUUUUGGCAGCCCUGCAUCGACCUCGUCUCCUUUAACUCCUGGGUUCCACGGUUAUCACGGAUCCGCGUGGGAUUUGGCUUUUGGUCCUUAUCCGCCCAGUCCAGGAUACUGGACGAAUGAAGAAGGUUCAGCACCAUGUGCACCCUCCUUCUUUAAUUUUAGUUCAAUAUCUGUGGAGGAUGUGUCCCAUUUGGGUCAACCCCACUCGCAAGAGCAAGACUCCUUCAAUUUUAUGCAACCAAAUCCAUCAGUACUGACCUUUCCUGCCUUGGCAAUGGAACAAGCAUGCAGCACAGAUAUCACCAGCCACCUGGAUGACAACUUAUCGCCCAAAUUAAAAAGUCCCAGUGGAAAUGAUGGAUGUUGCGCCGUGUGUGGGGACAACGCAUCCUGUCAGCACUACGGGGUUCGCACUUGUGAGGGAUGCAAAGGUUUUUUCAAGCGUACAGUCCAAAAAAAUUCGAAGUAUGUUUGCCUUGCCAACAAGGACUGCCCUGUGGACAAGCGGAGACGGAAUCGUUGCCAAUUCUGCCGAUUUCAAAAGUGUCUGGCUGUUGGGAUGGUGAAAGAAGUUGUGAGAACUGAUAGCCUGAAGGGUCGCAGAGGUCGCUUGCCUUCCAAACCUAAGGCGAUUGCAGAUGUGACGACUACCGUGUCUCCAGUUAGCAUGAUUGCUUCUCUUGUGAGAGCGCACGUUGACUCAAACCCUGGCAUAGAGAAACUGGAUUACUCUCAGUAUGAAGACACAGAGGUCGGUUCGACAUGCAAAGAAAACACCAGCGACAUCAAACAGUUUUAUGACUUGCUCACGGCCUCCUUGGAGGUCAUCAAAAAGUGGGCCAAAAGCAUUCCAGGUUUUGUUGACUUCUGCUCAGAGGACCAGGAGCUGCUGCUGGAGUCUGCUUUUAUUGAACUAUUCAUUUUACGCCUUGCAUAUCGAUCCAAUCCUGAGACAGACAAUCUUGUCUUCUGCAACGGGGUUGUCCUUCACAAGAAGCAGUGUCUCCGAGGCUUUGGAGACUGGAUCGUCUCCAUCUCGGAGUUUUCUCAAAGUCUUCACCGCAUAAAGCUAGACGUGUCCUCGUUCUCCUGCCUCACAGCACUGGUCAUAAUCACAGACCGACAUGGUCUCAAAGAGCCAAAACGUGUGGAGGACUUACAGAACCAGUUCAUCACCUGCCUUAAAGAUCACGUCUCCAGCUGCACCUCAGAAUCCUUGAGGCCCAAUUACCUGUCUAGACUGCUUGGAAAGCUGCCUGAGCUCAGGACACUGUGCACACAAGGACGUCAGCACAUCUUUUACCUUAAACUGGAAGAUCUUGUUCCUUCACCACCGAUUGUGGACAGGAUCUUCAUUGAUGCACUUCCAUUUUGAAAAAGACACACAAAAAGACAGCCUCCUACUUCAUGUAGGAUCAACUGAAGCUGCAUAAAGAAUACAUGAAGAAUAAAGUGUUAUGCCUUUCCUGUGGAAAAGGGGCUUUCGCAGUCCCUUAGAAAUUACAGGUAGACGAGGAACUUGGGGAAGCUAGUUGUUGAGAAAUGACAUUAAAGCUGUCCCAGAACAACGUACUGUACAGAUGUAAGGAGACGGGGCAGCUCAUGGACCAAAAAGUGACUGUUUACAUAUAACAAGGUGCCUUAAAUGAAAACUUGCUUUACAAUAAAAAAUUAUUAAAAAAUAAAUAAAUAAAAAAUAAAGGAAAUAUGACAGAGAUACUUAAAAACUCUAGAAAAACGAUGUCAGCUCCGUUCAAAGCAUGGUUUUGUUUGAUCAAUCUUACUCUGAUCGGGGUGCCUGUAACCUGCACACAGAAUACUGUAUUACAAAAAAGUAGGGUUGCAACUAACUAUUAUCUUCAUUACCAAUUAGCCAGUCCACUGUUUUCCAAACUGAUUAGUUUGUUUGGCCCAUAAAUAUUUCAAAAAACUGUGGAAAAAUCUAUGUCAAUGUCAAUUAAUUAUCAAAAUAGCUGAUGGUUAAUUUAAAAACAGACUCAUCAUUGGUGUUCCAGAAAUUGUGGCAUCUUUGCCUUGACUAUUAAAAGUUAAUUAUCAUCAGUACAUUGUAUUUUUUGCAGAAUUAAACACGCAAGAUGCUCCUUUGUCUUGCGACACAACAACAAAAAAAUUUCCAGCCCCAAAGCUAGUAUGUUUGAACUUUUCAUUUAAGGUUCCAAAAUGUUUUGUAUUCAAUAACUUUUUUUUCUGUAUUGAUCAAGUAUGUUAAAAUAACAUACUGUAUUAAGAACAUUCAGUGGUAUCUUUCAUGUAUCAUGAAUAGACAUUGAGCAGCUAAUAUACUGUGUAUGUGAUUUUUACAUUCAGUCUUAUACACUGGUCUUGUUUAUGAAAUAUUUGGAUUUUAUUUUAUUUUAUUUUUUACACAUUGCUUAUAUUGCCAUAUCUGGCUCUCUCAUUUUGACAUAUUGUACAGAUAGAUCAUCUUUUACAGCAGCUUUGCACUGAAUAAAAGAAAAAAA